UCUACUCGGCACUCCGAGAGAAGUACAUUGUAGUCUCAUUGACUGUCAAAUCAUUGUGACCUUGUGAUUAAAUCAGUGCAAAGUGAAUCAAGUUGAAUUUGUGAUUCUCGAUUAUUAAUUUGGAGUCAUGGCACCGCACACAACGAGUUACACUGUUGCUGGGGGUAUGGAGUACGAGGAGCCAGUCUCCAGGACUUAUCAGUAUCGCAAAGUUAUGAAGCCAAUGCUGGAGAGGAAGAGGCGCGCUCGUAUCAAUCGCUGUCUUGAUGAGCUGAAGGAUCUCAUGGUGACAGCACUUCAGGCCGAGGGUGAGAAUGUCGCCAAGCUGGAGAAGGCUGACAUUCUUGAGCUGACGGUGCGUCAUCUUCACACGUUGAGAGCUGCCAGGAGGCUGACGUUGACACCUGAGAACAGCUAUGCUGACAGAUUCAGGGAGGGUUUCACUCAGUGUGCACAAGAGGUGUCGACAUUCCUUCAAACAACACCCGCUGCUGCUGCUGUUCAUCCUGCUGCUGGUGCACAACUCAUUCGCCAUCUUGGGGGCUGUCUACGUCGGCUGGAGGGCUCCAGUGCUGCUGGCAAUCAUCAGGUGGCAACUAAAGUCCCGGUUAAUAUACCACAGGGUGUCUACACACCACCGCAGAGCCCUGUCAGUGUUGCUAGUUCGUCGGAGGAGUCUGUUGAGAGCUCUGUCUGGCGUCCCUGGUGAAAUUUCGGGCGACCCCCCGGCGGGGGAUCACCAGCGCAAUCCGUCGGAUACUCAUAUGUGUGAAGAAUUUAUAUUCUAAUUAGGGAUUUUAGAAAAUUUAUACGACGAAUCAGUUUGUCUUCCAAUUUUUCAAAUAUUCACACUAGAUUCUUUAGAAUCAGAAUUUCGUUUCUAUUGAUGGAUUGAAUUUUCUUACUGUAUGGGUGAUGAAGCUUUAAGUAAUGUCUGUGAUAGGGAUUUUGUUGCCGUACCUGAGAUCAAUAUUUUCUCAUUAAUGAUUAAUUAUAUUGAAUUAAUUUUGUUAUGUUUAAGAUGAUCUUUAGAUGUAGUUGAUACACACUUGUUGAUACGAGAGAUGAAUAAGAUUGAGAUGAAAGAGUUGAUAAAUGCACAAUUGAUUAUUGAAUAAACGAAAUACUUUUUCAAUUUUAA